AUGAAAUUGGCACUGUGUAACUGGCUGUCUUUUAUCUUAUACUUAGCUGGACCUUGGGUGUGUGUUUUAGAAACAGUGUAUGUUGAGAAACCUAUUGUAGAUCCCUUAACAGACCUUAUACCUCUCAUUUCUACAAAUAUUCGAUAUCACACAGAGUGA